UUGUACACCUCCCUGGGCAGCACAUGGUCACUUUUUUUAACAAUGACUCUCUUGAUGCUAUAAUUCAACGAGCCCAAAAUGAAAAAAUAACUUUAAUAGCAUGGUUUGAAGCUAAUAGAAAUCCAGCUCUUGCAGCAGUUGCAGGUAGAUAUAUAUACGCACAAUUUCCUCAGUCACAAAAUCCUGAUCUACAACUUACUGAUCAUGAAAUCGAAAAUAAUGCAUUGCAAUUAGAAAAUAUUCUUUUAUAG